AAAGCCACAGUUGUUAUGCCACAUGGACAAUUCAAAGAUAUCAGCCUUAGUGAAUACAGAGGAAAAUAUACCGUAUUCUUCUUUUGCCCUCUUGAUUUUACAUAUUUGUGCCCCACUGAGAUCAUUGCUUUCAGUAAUAGGGCAGAAGAGUUUAAGGAACUCAACUGCCAAGUAAUUAGAGCUUCUGUGAUUUCUCACUUCUGUCAUCUGUCAUGGAUUAAUACACCCAAGAAACAAGGAGGAUUGGGACCCACGAACAUUCUCUUGGUAUCAGAUCCCAAUCGCACCAUUGCUCAAGAUUGUGGAGCCUUAAAAGCUGAUCUUCGUGUUUGCCGAUCUGUGGAUGAGAUACUGAGAUUAGUCCAUGCCUUCCAGUGCAGCGACAAAUAUGAUGAAAUGUGCCCAGCUGCCUGGAAAACUGACAGUGAUACUAUCCAGCCUAGUGUCCAAAAGAGCAAAGAAUAUUUCUCUAAGCAGAAGUGA